GAGUUGGACCGUCUGGGAGGAUCGGAGGGGCUCUCGUUCUUUCUUCCUUUCCCCUCCCCAAACGGGCAUGGACUCGAGACCCGCCGCGUGUGUGUUUGAGUGUCGAUGGCUGGGGAGUUGCCGUUGGGGAGUUAACGCGUGAGGAUGCUCGGGAACAGUGAGGACUACAGCAGGUAACUAACAAGAUGGCGGCCAGGGGUGCGAACGGGCGCAGCUACCACGUGGCGUGCUGGCAGCAGAUUCUGAUCCUGAUGUUGGGCACCGUGCUGUCUGGCUCCGCCACAGGCUGCCCGUCCCGCUGCGAGUGCAACGUCCAAGAGCGCGCCGUCUUGUGCCACCGCAAGAAGCUCAUGUCGGUUCCGGAGGGAAUCCCCGCCGAGACGCGGCUGCUGGACCUCAGCAAGAACCGCAUCCGCACCAUCAACCCGGACGAGUUCUCCGGCUUCCCCAGCCUGGAGCACCUGGAGCUCAACGAGAACACCAUCUCCACAAUCGAGCCGGGGGCGUUCAACAACCUGUACGGCUUGCGGACACUGGGCCUGCGCAGCAACAAGCUGAAGCUGAUCCAGCUCGGGGUGUUCACGGGCCUGAGCAACCUCACCCACCUGGACAUCAGCGAGAACAAGAUCGUCAUCCUGUUGGACUACAUGUUCCAGGACCUGUACAGCCUGCGCUCCUUGGAGGUGGGCGACAACGACCUGGUUUUCAUCUCGCACCGGGCGUUCCACGGCCUCAGUAGCCUGGAGCACCUGAGCCUGGAGAAGUGCAACCUGUCGUCGGUGCCCACGGAGGCCUUCACCCACCUCCACAGCCUGGUGACGUUCAAGCUGCGCCACCUCAACAUCAACGUCAUACGGGAUUACUCCUUCAAGCGGCUCUACCGGCUCAAGGUGCUGGAGAUGGCCAACUGGCCCUACUUGGAUACUAUGACGCCGAACUGCUUGUACGGAUUAAACCUCACCUCGCUCACCAUCGGGAAUGCAAACCUUACGACCGUCCCCUACGUGGCCCUGCGCCACUUGGUCUACCUGCGCUUUCUCAACCUGUCCUACAACCCCAUCCACACCAUCGAGGGGAAUAAGCUCCACGAUCUCCUCCGCCUGCAGGAGUUCCACCUGGUCGGCGGCAGGCUGGCGAUGAUCGAGCCCUACUCCUUCCGCGGUCUCAACUACCUGAAGAUCCUCAACGUGUCCGGGAACUCCCUCAGCACGCUGGAGGAGUCCGCGUUCCACUCGGUGGGGAACCUGGAGACCCUGGCGCUCUACGACAACCCGCUGGCCUGCGACUGCCGCCUGCUGUGGGUGUUCCGGAGGCGGUGGAGGCUGAACUUCAACAAGCAGCAGCCCACCUGCGCCUCCCCGGAGUUCGUCCAGGGCAAGGAGUUCAAGGACUUCCCCGACGUGCUGAAGCCCAACUACUUCACGUGCCGCAGGUCCCGGAUCAGGGACCGCAAAGCCCAGCAGAAGUUCGUGGACGAGGGGGCCAUCGUCCACUUCACCUGCCAGGCGGACGGGGACCCCGCGCCCCUGAUCAUGUGGCUCUCCCCGCAGAAGAAGUACAUCACCACCAAGACCAUCGGGAGGCUCUCCGUGCUGCCAGACGGCACGCUGGAGGUUCGCUACGCCCAGGUCCAGGACAACGGCACGUACGUGUGCGUGGCCAGCAACGCGGGCGGGAACGACACAUCCCCGGCCCACCUCCACAUACACAGCUAUUCGCCCGACUGGCCACACCAGCCCAACAAGACCCUGGCCUUCAUGUUCAACCAGCCCGCGGAAAACAGCACCAACGGCACGCGGGCCAACGCCCCGUUCCCCUUCGACAUCAAGACUCUGAUCAUCGCGACCACGAUGGGCUUCAUAUCGUUCCUCGGCGUGGUGCUCUUCUGCCUUGUCUUGCUCUUCCUGUGGAGCAGAGGCAAGGGGAACACCAAACACAACAUUGAGAUCGAGUACGUGCCCCGUAAGUCAGACGCUGGGAUUAGCAGCAGCAACACUGCGGACGCUCCCCGUAAAUUUAACAUGAAAAUGAUCUAAGGAAAGGCAGGCGUGGACGAGCCAAUGAACUGUUGAACAUUAUGAAAAAAGAUUAACAAUGGAAAGACUAUUACUAAGACUUUUUGGUUGCCGCUCCUAUGAACCUGUGGACCCUGGUCUGUUAACAUAAAGGAGUCUGUUUUUUUUCUGACUGAAACACAUCAAUGGAGGACCUUUCUUGGCUUUUAAGUGAAGGUGAAUCUGGCGUGGAGGAUGGUAGUGGGUUUUGUGGAUUUCUAGGCCUGGCUUGAAGGUCAUUUUUGUGGUAAGCAGAUAAUAUCUGGGGAUUCAUUGCAUAUACAGUAU